UCCCGGGAUCUGCGGGACUCUCUGCCGAAGGAGGAGGGAGUUUUAAGAAUUCGGCAGACGGGACUCGAACCCGCGACGCCCGCUCUCUCUCUCUCUCUCUCUCUCUCUCUCUCUCUCGUGCCUGAGCCGCUUGACCCAUCGCGCCACUCAGCUCUGCGGGGAGAGGGAGGGGGCGGGGCUCUGACGUCACCAGAGCCAGGCUGGGAGGGGCGCCCUCGAACGGGCUCUGCGCUGGGCGGGGCUUCGAGAGGCAAGGCCCCGCCCUCCCCUUGCUCAGCCAAUGAGGCCCCUCCCUUCCCCUGCCAGGCCGAGGCCCCGCCCCUCCCUCCCGUCUCUCAAAGGGAGAAGCCCCGCCCCCUUCGUGACGGAAUGAACCCUCGCCACGCCCCGCCCACGCCCUGACGUCACUCCCUCCGACGAAGAGGGGGCGGGGCCUCCGUUCUGCCCUCAGAAGCCGCCUUCUUUCUCGCCCGUCCUUGUCACCCGUCCAUCAAGGCCGGAGCCAAUAGGGGGAAGGGGCGUCACGGACUCGGCCAAUGGGAGGUCGAGGGGCGGAGGAGGGGCGGGGCUUGUUCCUGGCUGGGCCUGCGCAGAGCCUCUCUCGCCGCCAUUGUUUUCUGAGGCGUUUCCUCUGGAGCCGCGAAGGAGGAGAGAGAGAGAGAGAGGGAAAUGAAGACCCUAUGAAGUCACCACAGGCAUAAAAAGAAAAUAUCAAUAUCUAGUGGAGAUUGAGGAAUUUGGAAACCAAAGGGCAAUAAUGAAAGAAAUCCUGUGGGAAGAAGAAAUCCUCUCUAGGUGCCAAUUUUGAUCAGAAAGAAAAAGGGAACACUCACGUGUGCAUAUCACAAAACUGUCGACAUGGAGGAGAAACCCUAUACAUGCCUUGAGUGUGGAAAGAGCUUCAGUUGGAGGAGCCAUCUGCUACUGCAUGAAAGGACUCACACUGGGGAGAAACCUUUUAAAUGCCCGGAGUGUGAACAGAGCUUCACUCAUAGUUCAGGCCUAUAUUCACAUCUAAGGACUCACACUGGGGAGAAACCUUUUAAAUGCCCGGAGUGUGGACAGAGCUUCACUGAGAGUUCAGUUCUACGUUCACAUCAAAGGACUCACACUGGGGAGAAACCUUUUAAAUGCCCGGAGUGUGGACAGAGCUUUGCUCAUAAUGGAAGUCUACAUUCACAUCAAAGAACUCACACUGGGGAGAAACCCUAUAACUGCCUGGAGUGUGGACAGAGCUUUACUCAAAAGGGACACUUAGAUUCACAUCAAAGGACUCACACUGGGGAGAAACCCUAUAACUGCCUGGAGUGUGGACAGAGCUUUGCUUUUAGUUCAAAUCUACGUUCACAUCAAAGAACUCACACUGGGGAGAAACCCUAUAACUGCCUGGAGUGUGGACAGAGCUUUGCUCGUAAUUCAGGACUACGUUCACAUCAAGGAACUCACACUGGGGAGAAACCCUAUAAAUGCCUGGAGUGUGGACAGAGCUAUACUCGUAGUUCAGGACUACGUUUACAUCAAAGAACUCACACUGGGGAGAAACCCUAUAAAUGCCUGGAGUGUGGACAAAGCUAUACUUGUAGUUCAGGAUUACGUUCACAUCAAUGGACUCACACUGGGGAGAAACCCUAUAAAUGCCUGGAGUGUGGACAGAGCUUUGUUUGUAGUUCAGGACUACGUUCACAUCAAAGAACUCACACUGGGGAGGAACCCUAUAACUGCCUGGAGUGUGGACAGAGCUUUGCUCGGAAGGGAAGCUUACAUAGACAUCAAAGGAGUCACACUGGGGAGAAACCCUAUAAAUGCCUGGAGUGUGGACAGAGCUUUGUUUGUAGUUCAGGACUACGUUCACAUCAAAGAACUCACACUGGGGAAAAACCCUAUAACUGCCUGGAGUGUGGACAGAGCUUCACUUGGAAGGGAAGCUUACAUAGACAUCAAAGGAGUCACACUGGGGAGAAACCCUAUAAAUGCGUGGAGUGUGGACAGAGCUUUGUUUGUAGUUCAGGACUACGUUCACAUCAAAGAACUCACACUGGGGAGAAACCAUAUAAAUGCCUGGAGUGUGGACAGAGCUUUGCUCGUAGUUCAGGUCUACGUUCACAUCAAAGGACUCACACUGGGGAGAAACCCUAUAACUGCCUGGAGUGUGGACAGAGCUUCACUCAGAAGGGAAACUUACAUACACAUCAAGGAACUCACACUGGGGAGAAACCCUAUAAAUGCCUGGAGUGUGGACAGAGCUUCAUUCAGAGUUCAAGUCUACGUUCACAUCAAAGGACUCACAACUGGGGAGAAACCCUAUAAAUGCCUGGAGUGUGGGCAUACCUUCAAUCAUAGUGGAUAUCUACGUAAACAUCAAAGGAUUCACACGGGAGAAACCCUAUACAUGCCGGGUGUGUGGUAAGAGCUUCACGCAGAGUUCAGGUCUACGUUUACAUCAAAGAACUCACACUGGGGGGAAACCAUAGAAAUGCAUGGAGUGUGGACAGAGCUUUUCACAGAAUAUUAUACAUAGACAUCAUAGAAUUCAUAGAAUUCACCCGGUUAAUUGACACCAGAGUGUCAUUCUAACAUGUACAAAAGCAACUUGCAAAUUUUGGAAAUGCACGCUCAAAGUUGGGACAUUUCAUCACAUGUGGUGUAUUGUAGAAAGAUUGAACUAAAAAUACAGUGUUCCCUCACUUAUCCCGGGGGUUAGGUUCCAGGACCACCCACAAUAAGUGAAAAUCCGCGAAGUAGGGAUGCUAUAUAUUUCUACAUUAUUUUAGUAGUUAUACACUAUUUUAAGUCUUUAUCAAGAAAUCAUGUGUUGAUAAAUCGCCUCCUUCUCCUCUUGUUGCCGCUUGGGCUCCUUUUCUCUCCCUUUGGCUUCUCCUUCCUCCCUUCCUUAGGCUGUACAUUGUAAUUUUGUAUUAUUUAUAGUCGUCUUUUAGAAUUUAUUGAAAAACUGCAAAACAGCGAAUCCGCAAAGAGCGAAGUAGUGAGGGAACUCUGUAUGUUCCAUUCUGGAAGUAAUUAUAUUAUCUAAAGGGAAUAGAAUAAUGAGAGAUAAAAAUUAACAGAUAGAAUUAGGCCUUUAGGCAUGUAUCCCUGUCUGUUAGUUCAGCUGUAUGAAGGUAACUGUUUCGCAGGUCUGUUUGUUUCUGAUUUAGUUUUGUAUCUCAUGUAAUAAUAAUAAUAAUAAUAAUAAUAAUAACAACAACAACUUUAUUUUUAUACCCCGCCCCAUCUCCCCGAAGGGACUCAGGGCGGCUUACAUGGGGCCUUGCCCGAUAAAACAAUCAAAUAUCAAAACACAGCAAAAAAACAGUUAUCCAAUAAAAACAUCAAUUACAGUAAAAACAAUUGUUAAAAUCAACAUAAAACAUACAAUAUUAACACUGGAGACUAAUUCAUAGAACUCAGGCAAAGUGCAACAUGGGCCGAAAUGGGGAAGGUAAUUUCACAGUUGAAAUGGACAAAGUGCAAUAUAGCAUUGGCAACACCUCGAGAAUGGGGCUAUUAUAAAAUGGGCAGAUAGAUCAGUCCAACACCAAAGUAUCAAAGGCCUUUUGAAAGAGCCAGGUUUUUAAGCUCCUACGGAAGGAGAGGAGGGUAGGGGCCUGCCUGAUCUCUCUAGGGAGCGAGUUCCAAAGCCAUGGGGCCACGACGGAGAAGGCCCUCUCUCUCGUCCCCACCAACCGCGACUGCGAGGAUGGUGGGAGCGAGAGAAGGGCCUCCCCCGACGAGUGAAGAGAACGUGCGGGUUCGUAGGGGGAGAUGCGGUCUCUAAGGUAGGUGGGUCCCAAACCGUUUAGGGCUUUGUAGGUGAUAACCUGCACCUUGAAUUGAGCCCUGAAAGUAAAUGGCAGCCAGUGAAGCUCCUUAAACAGAGGCGUUGAACGCGCCCUGUAAUUCGCUCCGGUUAGAAGCCUGGCUGCCGAACGCUGUACUAGUUGUAAUUUCCGGGCCAUCUUCAAAGGCAGCCCCACGUAGAGCGCAUAGCAAUAGUCCAGUCUAGAGGUAACUAAGGCAUGGACCAUCAUGGUCAGAUCAGACUUCUCGAGGUACAGUCGCAACUGGCGCACAAGUUUUAAUUGUGCAAAGUCCCUCCUGGCCACGGCCGACACCUGAGCCUCAAGCGUCAGCCCCGAAUCCAGGAGGACCCCCAAACUGCAGACCUGCGCCUUCAGGGGGAGUGCGACCCCGUCAAGCACAGGUUGCCACCCAAUACCCCGAUCGGACGUACGACUGACCUGGAGGACCUCUGUCUUGUCGGGAUUAAGUCUCAGCUUGUUCACCCUCAUCCAGGCCAACACAGCGGCCAGACACUGGUCCAGAAUCCAAGGGGCUUCCUUGGAUUUAGGUGGAAAAGAGUAGUAGAGAUGGCACCGUACUCCAAAACUCUGGAUAACCUCUCCCAGCGGUUUCAUGUAGAUGUUAAAAAGCAUGGGGAACAGAAUAGAACCUUGCGGGACCCCACAGGUCAAUGGCCAGGGGUCCGAGCAGGUGCCCCCCAGCUUCACCAACUGGGAACGGCCCUCCAGAAAGGCCCUGCAGUACCCCCAAGGCCCAUCCCAGAGAGCCGCCCCAGAAGGAUACCAUGGUCGAUGGUAUCGAAAGCCGCUGAGAUGUCCAAGAGAACCAGCAGGGUCACACUCCCCCUGUCCAGCUCCCUGCGGAGGUCAUCCACCAAGGCCACCCAAGCCGUCUCGGUACUGUAACCAGGCCUGAAGCCAGACUGACAGAAGUAGUUAGUUUCAUGUGUAGUUGAAGCAUUAUAUACAAUUUCUGCCUUUUUUGUAAUGUUGCUUUUGAUCUCUCUUUUUUGAUUUUUAUUUUUUAUUUUUGCCAUAAAGAGGGGGAUUUAUAAGGGACAAAACUGCUGAAACCGUCAACUUGUUUUGUUCUGAAGGAGCCGUGGUGGAGGCUCCUUCCUUGGAGGCUUUUAAGCAGAGGCUGGAUGGCCAUCUGUCGGGGGUGCUUUGAAUGCGAUUUCCUGCUUCUUGGCAGGGGGUUGGACUGGAUGGCCCAUGAGGUCUCUUCCAACUCUACUAUUCUAUGAUUCUAUGAUUCUAUGAACCCAAAGGUUUCCUGUUCUUUGGCUGCCGAGUGUUCAGGGAAGAGUGAGGUCUGUGAGAUCAGUGAGUAGAAAACAUGACACAAUUUAGAUAAUGGUUUGUGACACAACAACAACCCUUGUAGUAGUCAAUGGGAUAUUCUGUAUGCCUUCUUUAAUGUCAAGUAAGACAAUUUCCCCUUAUGUCUGGAGGCUCUGUCGAACUGGCUACGUGCUAGUAGACUGAAGGUGAACCCGGCGAAGACCGAGAUUCUCUGGCAUGGCCGCUCGACUGGUCUGACCCACUUGCUACCCACCUUCGAUGGUGCUGCCCUAUCUCCUUCGCCUACCGUUAAGAGCCUGGGUGUCGUUUUAGAUUCACAGCUGACAAUGGAAGCUCAGGUCGCUGCUGCCAGCAAACAGGCCUUUUUCCACCUACGACAAGCGAGGCAACUGGCACCCUAUCUAUCUGAUGAGGCGCUGGCAACGGUCAUCCAUGCCACGGUCACGUCUAGGCUGGACUAUUGCAACGCCCUGUAUGUUGGCCUUCCAAUGUCCACGACCCGAAAGCUCCAUAUUGUUCAGAAUGCGGCAGCCAGGCUACUCACAAGAACACCCAUGAAAUGCCACAUAACACCAGUGCUGCAGCAUCUGCAUUGGCUUCCAACUGAUUACCGUGGUCUAUAUAAGAUGCUAGUCCUGACCUUUAAAACUCUUUACGGCCAGGGCCCAUCGUACCUUCGGGACCGUCUCUCCUUCUCCCAUCAUCGGAGGUCGCAACGACCAUCCCAACGAGACUUACUUUAUGUAUCGGGUCCUAGAGAAGUGCACUUGGAAAGGACCAGACGCAGAGCUUUUUCUAUUUCUGCCCCUGCCUUAUGGAAUGCCUUGCCGCCCCAUAUGAGAGCCAUGCGUGAGUUAGGGCCUUUGACCCUCGCACUCAAGACCUGGCUCUUUACUAGAGCUUUUAAUCUAUGUUAAUUUUAUCAAUAUUUGUAGUUAUAUAUUUUUAUCCUUUACAAUUUUAUCUUGUAAAUCGCCUAGAGCAUCGUGGAUGGAGGGCAAUUAAUAAAUAGUUAAAUGAUGAUGAUGAUAUUGUGCUCAGAUACAAAGACUUAUAAAGGAAACACCACAAUGGAUAUAAAACAAUGGGAAGCACGGGAAGCAGAUUAUGUGUGCUCACCACACCUCACACAGAUAGGACCACGUGUGCUAUAAACAUGGAAGAUGUGAUACAUUCACACAAGAUACAGGAAUGGGAUGACUUUGUGUUACUACUGUUCAGCUAAUGUUAUGGUCUGAUGGAAAUAUAAUAGAACCCAAUAAACAAACAUUCGGUUGAAAUGUAAAUGUAACAUAACUUUUGUUCAAGAUGAUGAAACUGGGAAUUUGGUGUACGUGAUGGAGAAUGGAGACAGUGAAAUAGACUUGAAGUUUAAAAAGUUAUCCAUAAAUAUAAGGAAUUAAUUGGGAAAAAUUAAAUAUACUAGUAAAAACGAAUCAGCAGGUGAAGAAACAUUUGGAGAGUUAUGAGGAAAGAAGUAAGAAAGGUUUUGUUAGGAUCCAAGAGGUUGAUGGAGAACGUCAGAGCGUGGCCGCAUAAGGAAGCAGCCCGACAGAACGUCACUGGUGGGAUAAAAUCAACGGAUAUUCACCCAAAGCGGCAGCAGCAUGUUUACAUCUAUUGAUGCACCCAGUAGUAAGGUGAGGGCUACAAGGAGUGACUGAUCGAUUUUCUGUAUUUGAAAACGAAUUGCAAUACUUAGAAACGCAAUUGUGAACUGUGAUGUAUGUUGACUCUAUUGAGAGGGUUGAUGGGCCAAAGGGCCUGCAUUUCUAUUUUAUUUCUAUUCUAUUUCCGAUUGCUUUUAAUUAUGCAUUAUUAAGGUCUCUGCUUCAACUUAUUCUAUUAAAGAUGCAACCUGCCUUCUUCCAGAGGAGAGGCAAGUGUCCGUAUGUCGCCACUAUGUUUCCGGAACAUCUUGUGGUUAAUGUGGUUAAGCUACUUACUGGAACAUAAGUGAACAACAUGUUUUUCUACAAAUGUUGUUCAUGAUAAAGGAAGCACGCUUGCAACACUCUGUACUGCUCCAAAGAAAUGAGGAACUUCUUAGUUGUAAACAAGGGCAUUAUAUAUUGAGCUUCAUUUCAAAUGUUCUUCACGGCAUUCACCUUUGAUUUGUCCAUCCGUCUAUACUGCAGUAUAAUAAAGGUACUUGUUUUAAACUCUGUUGGGCUCAGAUUGGAUCCAUAGCGCUUCGGCAAAGUUCCCGGUAUUUAAAUCUAUGUGAGCGGUUCGCUUUUCCGCUAAAUAUAACUAUAUUAAACUGAUUAUAUACAUAGAAUUGACACUGAAUCAGACAUGUGAUACAAUAAAGUAGUAUUGAUGUA